GCUUUUGUUUUUAUUUACGCAUAUUAUUUUUACCAAAUAUUUGGUGGUUAUUUUUCAAAACAAACAGGCCGCCUAACCCGAGAAGGCAUGUACAUUGCGCAGUCAAUGUCUUGGCACAAAGUGAGCGCUUAUUCUGAUAAUGAACUGGAGAUUGUGGACGACGAGCGUGAAGGCGCUACGGUAGUGAAUGAAGCCGAAAACGGUUCAGACUCCACUAUUGAGGAUAAUUCCAGUAUUGAUCACGCUGCUGGUGACAACAUCGACCCUUUAUCGCCCAAUGAGUCGCUGGCAUAUUUGCAAGGUCUUCAUUCCGGCAAUUUAAUGCAGUUCAGCCAGCAAUCUGCUUUACAAGAGCUGAUGCUCCAGGAUAUGAAGCCCCAUAUCGACACGCUACCCACUCUGGAGAAUCAUAACAAUGGUGGCUACGAAUUUGGCAUGGUACUGAAAGAGCCCCCUAGAUCACACUGGAUGUUCUCUGUGCCAUUAAACAAGCUGUAUAUUCGAAUGAAUAAGACAUUUAAUAUUGAUGUAGAGUUUAAGGCAAAACUGCCGAUUCAGCCGUUAAACCUGCGUGCCUUUCUAUGCUUUGUGAAGGAGGUGAGCGGCCCAGUGCUGCGAUGCCAGAACCACCUCAGCACAGACAGCGCUAAAGGGAAUCCAAAAUUUCACGAAAGCCUGCUGCGAUGUGCCAACCCGGCGACAAUGUACUGCGGCACGAGCUCGGGCAAGAGCAUUGUGGAACGCUAUUCCGUAUUAGUUCCUCUAAAUCAAAGGCCCAGCCAAGGAGGACACGUGCGUCAAACUCUUGCCUUUGAGUUUACGUGUCAGAAUUCCUGCUUUGGACGCAAGGAGACUUGCUUAGUCUUCUGUUUGGAAAAUGCAAGCGGUGAUAUUCUUGGCCAACAGAUCUUGCAUGUCAAAAUCUGCACAUGCCCCAAACGUGAUCGAAAUCAGGAUGAGCGCAACUUACAAAGCCAGAAAAGAAAAAUGCCUUCAGCGGCGAUGUCAGAGGAUGAGGAAGUCGAGGUCAGUGGGACGAAAUCGCGUCGUCAGAAUACAUCACAUUUGAAGGAGGAGAUUGACAGUAACGAUAGCAGCGAAAUGGACUUAACAAUGCCUCCAAACUGGGAUCUUUCCUCCACCUCGGAAGGUGGUUACCGCCUUGUUAUUGAUUUUCCAAAGAAGGGCUUACUGCUGCAAAGCAUUGAGGGCAUGAUUGAAAAGACUGCCACGGAAAUUUUGCUAAGCACGCAAAAAAAUGAGAGCCAAUUUUUGCAUCAACAUGUGAACAACUUACUAGACCUAAAGAAAUACGCGAUGAAGCUUCCGUGACGUCUGAUGCUGAACUAAGUGUUACUGUGUAUAUCGCUGCGAAAACUACAUACAUACAUAUAUUUUGACUUAAAAGUAUACAUUUAGAAUUUUAGGUGUAAUCAAGUUUUCUAUACAACGUGUGGUUAUUUUUCUAGUUGUAUAUGUUGGAAUAACAAAGAAACAUAUAAGAAA